AAAACGAGCUAUUAACCUUAAGCAACAUGGAAAAUGCAGUUAGUUUGAAUUUGGAAGUCAACCCAACAACUAAUGGGGACUCGUUUUUUGAUUUUCUGGAUCAAGAAUCUAGUACACGUGGAAACGCGCGAUCUAAUGCUAUCAUUAUUAAGAGACCGUUUUUGGAAAGGGCCAUUGUGCCGCAGGAAAUGGAUCCCUUAUUAUGGAUAAGGGUUAACCAGAUGGAUUUUCCUUCAAUUAAAACACUAAUGCUCAAAUAUUUGUUCAUUCCGGCAAUAUCUGUGGAGUCAGAGCGAGUCUUUAGCAAGGCAGGACAAAUAGUCUCGGACCGCAGAGCACGUUUGAAAGAGGAGAAAGAGAACAACUUACAACAACAAACAAUAACCUAA